AUGGCGGACAUCAUGUCAACGCCUCAGGCACUUGAACUUCACAUCGAGCUGUCUUCGCCAGACUCUCCUUCGGAAGAUGACAACAUGCAGACAUCGUCUGUCAAUGGCAGCGCCGCAGCUGCGAAUGCCAACAACUCGCGGCGGCCCCCAAGGAAGAGCACUCUCACGCAACAACAAAAGAACCAGAAGCGUCAGCGAGCGACGCAGGAGCAGCUGAUGUUACUGGAGGUCGAAUUCAACAAGAACCCAACACCUACCGCGCUUGUACGCGAGCGUAUCGCCCAGGAGAUCGAUAUGACCGAAAGGUCUGUCCAGAUCUGGUUCCAGAACAGGCGUGCCAAGAUAAAGAACAUCGCUAAACGAAGUAUCGAAAGUGGCGAAGACUGCGACAGUAUACCAGAAUCUAUGAGGCAGUAUCUUGCGAUGCAGGCAUAUGGCCCGGGCGGCAAAGGGCUUGCAGCGAGCAUGCUCGGCCGUGUCGGGUCUGGCUACGGACAAUAUGGCGCUGGCACGCUCAUGCUUAACACUGACAAUGCUACCAGCAAGGUUGUGAUACAGCACUUCGCUUGUCGGUCGUUGUCAGUCGGUACGUGGAGACGAGUAGGCCAAAGCACCAUGGAUCUCGUCAUCUUCUAUUCACCGGACAAAGCAUGCGUUACCUACUAUAUCAAUAACGAGAAUGUUGGCUACAAGAUCGAGUAUCCUUUCGCCUGGAUCAAGAACAUCUCACUGGAGCAGGGUGAUGUGCUGUCUGCGGCUGAAGGUGCAUCCCAACGGUCCGGCGGGCUUGUCAUCGAGCUCACACGACCACCGAAGUUCUACAUGGACAGCUCUGGCCAAGGAGGAUUCUACGAGUGUGGUGAUUUCACUGAGGAUCAACAAGCCACGCAAAUCAUGGUACACCACCUGGGAGGUCCCUCCAAAGUACUGAGCGGCCAACUGGCAAAGCUCGUGUCCCUCGAGUCAUACCAAAACCGCCAUAUGAACAUGUUCGACCCAACACAAUUUGCCGUCUCGGCACCUGUCUCGCCAAUGCGACCCGCAAGUCAGCCGAACCACAUGCUACAUCCUCAUCACCCACCACAGAUGAGCAUGUAUCAACAAGAAGCGAUCGGCCUCAUGGGCCCACCCGCCCCUCGCGGACACAAACGACAGCGUAGUCGAUCUGUGCCAGCUGCGAUCGAUAUGUCAAUGCUGCGGCAUCCCAUGCCAUCCUUCUUGAUUCAGCACGAGCAGCCUUCGGCUCAGCCAUUGAUGCAGGAUCCGAACAUCUUCGCGCCGAUCCCACAACAUCAUGCACCGCCACAAUUCGCACCUGGACCCGGCUUGAGCAUAGAUACCUCGGCCGCGUACGGCAUGGGUAUGCCGUUCAACGGACCAAUGUCGGCGACCACUGCCAACUCACCGAGUGAAUUCGGGACCCCUGGCUUCUUCACCUCGGCGCCUCCCCCAGAUGCAAUGCAUGCUGCUCAAUUUGGCACGCCGUACAACAAUGGCUUCUUGCAAGUCGAUGCCGGUGCUAUGCUCGGAACGAGUAACACGCCACUCUCGAUUACUAGCCACGGUGACCCUAUCAUUGCUGAUCACUCUCCACCGUUGUCUGGCCUUGGUCGAAGUGCUAGCGCCGACAUCUUCUCGACUCCUGGCGAGCAUUCACAAUUUGGUGACGAAGGACUGUACUUGUCAGAGACCUUCAACAAGCAGAUACAGCUGCCAUUUCGAAGUCCCAUGUCGGAGCAUACAUUCCAAUCGCCUCUGCAUCAUGGAUCAUUUGACUUCCAGUCGCCACCAGGUACCAGCCAAUCACAUGUGCGCAACCCAUUCGAUGGAUCAAUGCCGCAGACCUUCGAUAUGCCACCACAACAAACCCAAGACGGAUCGAUGAUUUUCCACUCAACUCCGACACAUAACCCUCACGUUCCUCAAAACCAUCAAGACAGCGGAAUAUCCUUCUCCACUCCCUCACAGAUGUCCCGAGAUCACUCCAAGGAUGGCGGUCUUCUGUAUCAGGACUCGAAAGUCUACACCAGCCCAGGACAGAUGCACCAGCUCCCCGAUGAGCAGAGCAUGUACCAAAACAGCCCCUUGGCACACCAGACGUCUACCGGUGACGAGUUCCUGUACAUCGACCCCAAUCACCUUGGUUAG